AUAUGUCAUUUCAUUUGUGAACUGUGAACAACAAACUGAAAAGUAAAAAUUUUUUACUUUUGUAUUAAAAAUAGUCAGUUUUAUUUGUUUGUUAGCAUAUUGUGUAAUUAUGGAAGCCACAGAAGAUAUAAAAGAUUUCAAAGUUGAAAUUAAAGAAGAGCAGGAGGAAUAUGAUUUGGAAUCGAGUAAAUCUAUAUUAUACAGUCAGCUAUCUACAGAAAUUGAAAUUGAAGAUGUUAAGAAUGAACCCAAGGAUGAGUCAGGUUUUUCUCAGAACAAAUUGCAACUCAUGAAAACUGAACAUGCAGGCCCUACAGAACAACAAAAUGCAACCACCGAAGAAACAACAGUAAAGAGUGCUACAUGUAAAUGUACAAUUUGUUUUAAACAAUUUAACCACAUAGCUUCUUUGAAUAGACAUAUAAAAACGCACUCUAGCGAAAAGCCUUAUAAGUGUGACAUUUGUUUGAAGCAGUUUUUUCAGAAAAUACAUUUGAAAACACAUUCGAUAGUGCACACUGGAGAAAAGGCUUACAAGUGUGAAAUUUGUUUGAAGCAGUUUUCUCAGAAGGUUCAUUUCAAUAGUCAUAUAAGAUUGCACACUGGAGAAAAGCCUUACAAGUGUGAGAUUUGUUUUAAGCAAUUUACUGAAGCGGGUAGUUUGAAAAGACAUUUGAGAGUACACACUGGACUUUACAAGUGUGAAAUUUGUUUAAAGCAGUUUUCUCGAGCAAGUCAGUUGCAAGUUCAUUUGAGGGUGCACACUGGAGAAAAGCCUUACCAGUGUGAAAUUUGUUUGAAGCAGUUCAAUCAGAAAAGUUCUUUGGGUUCACAUAUGAAAGGUCACACUGGAGAAAAGCCUUAUAAAUGUGAAAUUUGUUUGAAACGGUUUAUUAACACAAGUAAUUUGAAAACACAUUUGAGAUCACACACUGGAGAAAAACCUCACACGUGUGAAAUUUGUUUGAAGCAGUUUACUAACACAAGUAAUUUGAAAUCACAUUUGAGAUCACACACUGGAGAAAAGCCUUACAAGUGUGAAGUUUGUUUUAAACAGUUUGUUCAGAAAAGUUCUUUGGAUGAACAUACGAAAGGUCACACUGGAGAAAAACCUUACAAGUGUGAAAUUUGUUUGAAGCAGUUUUAUCAUAAGUUUCAUUUAAAUGGUCAUUUAAAAGUACACACUGGAGAAAAACCUCACAAGUGUGAAAUUUGUUUGAAGCAGUUUACUCAAAAAGGUAAUUUGAAGACUCACUUGAGAAUACACUAUGCAUAAAAUCCCAGUAGAACUCUUAAAAUGCAUACUCAGAACUAUUUAAAAUAAAAUCUGGUGUCCCACAAGGCAGUGUACUCGGUCCCUUAUUAUACCUGUUAUUUACUGGUGACCUACACAACUAGAUUGACAACAGUCACAACAUUCGCAGAUGACAGGUAUUCUCGCAUCUCACACAGGUCCCCAAAGAGCUUCGCAUAACUUACAAGGCCACUUGAAUAAAAUAGAAAAAUGGUUAAACAAAUGGAAACUAAAAGCUAAUGAAACAAAAUCGACCCACAUUACAUUUACCAUGCGAAGAGAGAGCUGUCCACCAGUAUACAUAAACAACAAACAAUUAGUAUAAGUAGAUACAACCAAAUACCUGAGCAUACAUCUAGAUAAAAGACUAACAUGGAGAAAACACAUCUUCGCCAAAAGAAAGCAACUUAGACUCAAACUUCAACAAAUGUACUGGAUCCUGGGCAGACAUUUAAGACUAUCAAUUGAAAAUAAAUUAGUGGUAUACAAAGCCAUACUUAAACCCAUAUGGACCUAUGGCAGAAAGAUAUGGGCCUCAGCCAGCAACUCUAACUUGGAAAUCAUACAACGUUUUCAAAAUAAGGCAUUAAGAACCAUAGUAAACACUCCAUGGUACGUCCCCAACGCAAUAAUAGAGAGAGACCUGAAAGUUACCAGCAUCAAAGAAGAAAUCAGCAAAUACAAUGAAAAGUAUGAAAAAAGAAAUUGGAAAGAAAUCCUUUGUAAAAGGUAUAAAAUUUUUUUAUUAAAAAUCCCUUAA